CCUCCCGCUACUCCCCUGCCGCGUUUUGCCUCCAACUUGAUUCCACACACGCGCUACUCUCAGAUUCCAUCGCUCAGCUCAGGCACACAGCAAUUCGAGUCCCAGCGAAAGUUUUGACAGACAAACCGGGGGGCAACCGGACCGGAGCCAAACCGGACGGCACGCCGGAUGGUCCGGCCCAGGAUCCGGUCCAAUCGGCCCCCUGACCGGAUUUCGCAAUUUUGACUCCACUUUUUGCCCCAAAUUUUGACAACUUUCCGGAGCUCGUUUGACUCCAAAUUUUAACAGCAUCCCCCAAUUACUCUACAUAGGCCAUCUCUAAUUUUUAACGAUUUUUGGAGCCCAACUUUUGACCGCUCGUUUCGACCCAACUUUUCGGGCAUUGACUUAAUUUGCCCGGUUUCCGUUUUGGAGUGCCUUUGGUCCGUGAGAACCGCUUCCGCGCCUACACCAACACCGCGACAACGGCAUUGGCACCCCGGAUUCCGGCGCAUCUUCGACACCAUCGUCAUCACCAUCAUCGCAAGUUCGUGUGCUUGACACCGCCUAACGUCAAUAGGUAUAACUUGCCUCCCCUACCCCUUGUAGCCCAUUUCUUCCUUUGCGUACCUAUCCCAUUGAGAGUGGCUUUCCAAUUGUUGCGAAGCAUUGCACAAGUGUCACGACCGUGAGAGGGUGUGUGUGCGCGUUGUGUUGAGCAAAGCUCCGAAGCAAGCUCGGUGAGAAAGAUACACAAAAGAAGAAAAAGUGUGACAUAGAGAAAAAGAAAGCUUCUAAGCAUAGGAAAAAGAGUGAAAAAAAAGAGAAAAAGAAAAAAGAAAUAGACAAAAAAGUGUGUGUGCCACCGAUACAAAGGAGUCCAAAGCUUCUAAGCGCAAAGAGAGAAAGAGAAGAGUGGCAUUUGUGCAAAUCUUGUUGCUUCCCUCUUAUGCAACCGAGCUACGUUCUCUCUUGUGUUGGCGUGACGCCGAGCAUAUAGUCUUCGUUAGGACCAUUUUUGUCACUUGCUCAAUUCCUUGGUCGCGCUAACCCUAUUGUUCUCCUUUGUGUGCGUUUCCGUGUUUCCUUGACAUAGAUCACUACUUUUGACAUUUGACUUUGGAUCUUACCCACAUUUGACAAUAGACUUUUCCGUUGAUCUUUUUCGUUUGCUAUCCACCCCUUACCCACCACAUAUAGAGUUCUUAGCCUUUUGCGUGUGCUUUGAGUGUGUGUGUGAGUAACCCGAUACAUUUCGACUUUGCUCUUGACUUGAACCAUUUUCCGAUACUUUCUUGAUAGGUGAGAUACUUGUGUAGCUUUCCUUCCACCACAUACAUAUACACCUUCCUAGUGAGAUAUAUACAUGAUGACCCCACAAGAGCAAGCCGAGAUGAGAGCAUACUUCGCCUAGCUAGAUGCUCGAGAGGCCAAAAUGACCCUCCAAGACAAAGCCGAGUGCAAAUCCUACUUCAAACACCUUGAGAGCAAGAGUGAUACACACCAUGAGUCGAGUGAGGAUGUUUCGAUUUCUAACAACUUAACGUCUACUCCUCUUGUGCUGUCUUCCUCUUUGCUAGGUUUCUCGGACAUCGACGACGCCAUUGCCAUGGAGAUGAGGGACUCCACUAUAUGUGAGAUGAGCGACUCCACUAUAUGUGAGAUGAGUGACUCCACUAUAUGUGAGCGUGAUGAGUGCCUCCACUUCGAGAGCAUGAGUGAUACACCGAGUGAGAUGAGAGUGGUAGUUGAUAGGUCAUGUGAGGCCAUUUCGAAUUCUAAAAACUUACCCUCUACCUCUAGUGUGUUUCCUUGUGUCUUAUUAAGUCCCAUGGAUGACGAGACGCCGAUCAUGGAGAAGAUGUACAUGGUGCAUGAAGAUGAUGAUAUCACACCAUGCUUGUUGCUUCAAGAUGAACAUGGAGGCCACAUAGAGCCUACCUCUUCCACAACACCUACCUCAUAUGAGCGGGACUACAAAGGUACCUAUAUGGGUGUUGAUGAUGCCAUGAUCCCACUAGUGGACAUGAUGAUUUAUGAGUGCUUGCAUGAGUUGGAUGAUCCUAUUGCUAUGUCAUAUGCCUCUUUCACUUUCCCUUGUGCUACUUGUGAUACCACCAUUGUUGAUCAUGUGGAAAUAGUUGCUUGUGACAAUUUGACCAUACCAUGCUAUGAUACAAAUUUGAACAUGUUUUGUGCUACAUGCUUGCAAUAUUCUCCCAUUAGUGCAACCAAAAUGUUGAAUACUUUCUCUUCCCAAUGCUUCGUUUGCCAUAAUGUUAAUAUGCUUGUAAAUGAUAUUGCCCCCAUAGCUCUCUCACAUUUUGGAGACUUUGCAUAUAUCCAUGUUGAGCAUGUUCCCAUGUUUACUCCGCAUAUUCACCACAUCUACUAUGGUAAAUUGCUUAAUGCUAAUGGUGAUGUGCAAAAGAAUUGGACCAUCAUGAUGGAUGAUGUGUUCAUAUACCACGCACACACGUUGUUCUUGUUGUCUAACAUGUGUGUAGAUACCCAAACUCCAAUGUCAACCUCGAUUGAGCACGAGUUGACAAAAAGAGCUCUUGAGAGCAUGAUACAAGUGAGCUCCAAUGAAUGGUUUCGCUCGCACACUUCGACUACACAAGAUCUCUCAAUGAGAGCACACCGACAUCUUGCUAAGGGCUCUCGACAAGUGAAGGAACAUUCAAGCGUUGGUGUCAUCUACCUCCUCUACACAUUCACGAAGACUCAUCGUCGAGGACGACUCUUUUUCAAGUGGGGGGAGAUGAUGUAGCCCGACCUACGGUCUUCGCUUCAUCAUGUGCGUCAACGUCAAGAACCACACUCAAGUCCGAGGUCACGGAGGCAUGGAAGAGAAGAAGGAAGAAGAGCGUCCGAGGUUGCCUAGGAGAGAAGACGCCUGCCACAAGUCCAUUCGGGCCAAGGCCCAUGUACCCCUUUGUUUCCCUAAACUACCCCUCCUUAGUGGCUCCCUAUAUAUAGGCUCCCAUCUCCCCCUUCAUUAGGUAAGGAAUGAACUUGAGAGAAUUAUGCUCAUGCCUCCACCAUCCCUUUGGGAUUAGGGUAACCCCCUCCUUAGAUUACGAAAAUCUAUUGUACAAGGCACUCCCUAUAUGUUUAGUCUCUCACACUUGUGAUUCUAC